CUCUAGUCUGUUGUAGGAAAUAUCACACGUCACUCGCUCAAAGAUCGGAACCGGAUGUGGUCAUUGAAAAUAUUGCACCGCGUUAGGUGUGCCCAGCCAUGGAGUCGACAGAUAAGAACAAUGCUAUAAAGCUCUUUGUGGGGAACCUGGCGUUGGACACCUCUCAGGAGGACCUGACACAGCUCUUUGGACCAUACGGACAGGUGGUCACCUGUAGUUUACUCAGGCAGUUUGCCUUCAUCCACCUCCAGGGAGAUGGUGCUGCUGAUCGAGCCAUAAGAGAACUGAAUGGACGGGAGUUCCGUGGCCGCAACCUAGUGGUUGAAGAGUCCCGCGGACGGCCCCUGAACUCCACCAAGGUGUUUGUUGGGAACCUUAGUGCCAUGUGUUCUGCUGAGGACCUACAGGAGCUCUUUCAGACCUUUGGGAAAGUUCUGGAGUGUGAUAAGGUCAAAGCGAGGCUCUCUUCCUCGGCGGGCUAUGCCUUUGUGCACAUGGAGCGGAAGGAGGAUGCGCUGCAGGCUAUCGAGGCCCUCCAUGGUACCACCUUCAAAGGCCGACCGCUCUCUGUGGAGCUCUCCAAUGUGCAGCCCAGUAAACCCACCACGACUACAGCCAAGGUCCCCAUCAUGAGUCACUAUGCCACUGAAAGCCCCUCCAUCAACCCUCAUAUGGAGCACCACCAGAGUCAGGCUGCUGUACUGGCUGCUGCCGUUGCUGCAGCUGCAGGUCUGCCUCUUCAGGUGCAGCAGAGCUUGCACAAUUCUGUCUACAACACAACRAGCUUUGAUCCCACCUACGCUGCGCUAAAGGGCAUGACGGCAGCCAGCGCCACAGAUGGUACUCCAGUGAGCCCUGCGGUGUACGGUGCGCUCGCCAGCCAGGUGUACGGCUCUGUAGCGGAUCAGGUAUAUGACUCUAUAGCCAACCAGGCCUCCGCCUAUCAGAAUUCAGCGACACCGGACGCAGCAGGUUACAGUAACCAGUACGACGGCGCAGCUGGGGAGGCAUCGUCAGCCCAGGCAGCUGGAAACCCGGCCUACGGCGGGGCCUCUGCUUUCUACAACGGUAGCUCCGCCUAUGGCUCCACGGGGGGUGCAGACCCCACUGCCCAGGCCAUCUUUGAGGCAGCACGGGCCCGCUUCUUCCAGCAGGGCCAGCAGGUUCUAGCUGAGCAGCAGGCRGGGACUAAGUCAGGGGACAGGGACCGCAGCCCAGUGCGGCGCUCCGCCCCUCUGCUGCCUGACCCCGUGCCCCAGCCCUUUCCCCAGCCACGCCCCAAACGCCGUGCCCUCCUCCCAACGCCACCCGGCCGACCAGAGGACCCUGCGGCUGCUGACGGAGACCCCAUUGCCAGAUGCUAUGCAGAGUACUAUCAGCAGGUCCAGCAGUACCAACAGUACCAGCAGUACCAGCAACAGUACCAACAGUACCAGUAUGGCUACCCACCACCAGCCCCGGCCCAGAUGCCCCCCACGAUGCCCACCCACCAGAUGCCCGUGCAGGCCCCGCCCCCGACGGAGGCCCCGCCCCCAGGGCCUGCCACCUACGCCCCAGCUAGAGCGUAUGAGCCACCUUCAUCACACAAGGAGCCCCUCCUCCGCCGCCCUGACUACUCCCACCUCCACAUGCCAGAGCCCCCUUACCGAUAACCCUUUAGAUUGCAGUGUGUGUGUGUGUGUGGGUUUUGAAUGUUGUGUGUGAGAGAGUAGUUCUGGUCCGAAUGUGCGUCACUGCAAAGUGCCCAUUUAUAAGUCCCCUGUUCUGCAGCUUUUCGUAUCUGAACACAUUUCUAACGAGUUAAUUUKACUUUAUUGUAGGCCUGGUCUUGAUAAGAAAGCUGCCCCACAAAACAGUMAUCUGUAUUGGGAAGUCGUUAUGGUAGUUUCUUCUUGAUUGUGUUGCGUACUGGGUGCUCAUUAACGACAAGUAAUCCUUAUUCAUCCCCUACAUUUUAGUUUAGCAAAAUAAAUUCUAAAAUUUGCAAGAAUAUUCAUCCAUACCAGAGGAGUGCCUUGUUAAAAGCCUAGCUGGAUUAUUUAGUAAAAUACAUUUGUGUGUGUGUAGAAAGGAAGUGGCCAAAUCAAUCCAUGCAUUUUGUGAGCGGGCCCUUGCCUCUGUCCUCGAGGUGACUUUUAGCUCCUCCAAAUUAACCAUUAGUUCACGUGUAUAGAUGAGAACUUUAAUUUUUCCAUUGGCCAGAUUCCAUUUGUUUUAUUUGUAUUGUCUUCAUCAAAGACUUAAUAUGAAAAGUCAAUGUUCCAAUAGGUUCCAGCGUAAUGUAGAUAUUUGGGUAAUAAAAUGGUUAUUGUGUUUAGCGCUUGUGUUUUUAAAAGAUUUAAAGCAAGGGGCAAAGUAGCUUUACAUAAGGUAAUCUGGACAUAAAGGACCGGUGUGAGUGCAUGUAUGUAUGUGUGGGCAUGUGUAAACCAUCUAGGGGAACAAUAUAAGCGAUUUUGAUAAGUCACUUUUUCUAACAAUCGCAGGAAUAUACACACACACACACACACACAUAUAUACACACACACACACACACAGACCUCAGUCAUCAGUCUUUCUCUCCAUAAAGUGUGGUGCUGGGGCUUUGGGAGAGACACUCGGGCGAUUUACUGCACCGAAAAUGAAAAGAAAAAUUGAAAAACUCACAUUUUCCUUGCACACAGCCAGCCUCUGGGGAAUGUAGUCCUUGCCCGUGUCUCACAUGACCUUCUGUUAGAUCUGAUCAAACCUCUCAGAUAGAAAGGCCAACAAAGCAGACCAUUUUAGUAUCUGACAGUCUAGCUUUAAACUCACAUUUUCUUGGGGAACUAGUUUUUAAUUUGCAGCCUGUGAUACACGAAUGCUUUCCUCUAUUUGUAUUAUACCAUGAAUACUAUCCUAGUGACUUUUAACUGGUUUGACCUCUUGGUCUAAACGUAAAAUGGAGAUCUGGCAGGUGCAUGCAGAGGGCUUCCUUCAAGCAUGCCUUUCAGGAUCUGAGGGAAUUCAACUGCCAUUGUGGGCCUCACCUUCUUUUCUCCAAAGGACAAAGACGAGUGGGCUUUUCUCACACACAGUACAUUGUGUGGUUUGACGGGACGAACUUUUGACGGUUUUAUUUGUUUUCUGUUUGGUUGAAGUGAACUUCCUGUGCGAUCGUGGUAGUCGUAUUCUGUAAGCGUGUUUACUUCAAUUGGACCAUCGAAUUCAGGAAGUGUCUCAAAUGGAAUGUGGAGCCAUUAGGCUCCCCAGGUUUGAGCGAAAACAUAUUUGUUCCUAUUAUUCAGUACCUAUUGAAACGUUACACUUCUCAAGCAUAAGUAAUGAGAGUGAUUUGGUUGGAGAAUAAAACAGCACCAUGCGACCUGUAAUUUUUCGAAAUUAAAAUGGGAAAUGUUAGCCCCAUCGGCUUAAUUAUUAGACAUGCGAUUAAACUUGCUGUAAAAUCGUU